AUGGUCUCGAAAUUUGUGCCCUGUGCGGCAAGUCGAGCUCACGGCCACACCACGGCACUCUGUCACGUCUCUGUGCAAUACUACAAUUCAACGAAAAGCGCAUGGUACCACUCUUGUAGUGGAACCCUCAUCGCCCCACAGUGGGUUCUCACAAGUGGCAGCUGUGCCAAGCAGACGUAUUAUCUACGGGUAGUGCUUGGCAAGCACAAUAUAUACCAGCAGGAGGCUGGGGCAAAUGUUGCAGAAGUCUACCUAACUGCUUACCAUUCCGCAUUUAACUACACCAGCUCUGAAAAAGACGUUGGAUUGAUUAAGCUGACAGCACCGGUGCCGCAGGACAAUGGAAUACGGAUUGCCUGCCUUCCCAGUGACAACGAGCAACUGUCAUCGAAAACCACAUGCUACACCAUCGGCUGGGGCUCCAGAAUAAUCAAUGGUUUAUUUAGCAGCACGCUCCAGCAAGCCACCCUACCAGUGAUUGAUGACAACACAUGCAAAACAGAUGAAUAUUGGGGUUCUAAAUUACCUGCAAACACAACAUGUGCUGGUGAUGGAUCAAGCGGUCCAUGCAAUGGUGAUUGGGGUGGACCGCUACUAUGUCGGAAGAGUGACAAUUCAUGGGUUGUGCAUGGCGUUGUUACAUUUAUAUCAGCAGUGAAUUGUAAAAAUUUAUCUAAGCCUCCAGUCUUCUCUCGUAUAUCUGCCUACAUUCCCUGGAUUCAAAACGUGAUGGCCCGUUAUUAAACUCGGAAGGACAUUCUUGUGGGCGAUGAACUGUACCAUCAAGAUUGUCAUCGCCGUCUUAACACAUACUGGUUCAUUGAUAUUUACAUCAUAAUGGUUCUUGAAAUAUUAACACAAGCUUGUUUAAUCUAAUCUGAAUCAACCUUUUUAGAAGAGUAUUUUGAUCAAGGCAACAGAAAGCUGGUAGCAAUGUAUAUUCUUUGCUUAAAACGCUCUGAACGUUAUGUAACCACAUUAUGGCGAAUUAACCGUGAAAGAAUUGUGCAUGCUACAUCUAACAUGUGAAAACGACAUAUUUUAUGUGGACAGAACACGAAUUUAUACAGUGGCGGUGUUGUUAACCACAAACUGAUUAUUUUAUCAUGUAAGUACGACUAACAAAAUUUGGUGGGGCGAAAUGAAGUAGGCUGGACAUGUCAGAAAUAUAAUCAUAGCAAUAGGUAAAACAUCAUUUUUUACAGUUAAAAUAGUUGCACACUGCUAUAUACAUCGAUUUGUAUGCCAUUAAUUGUAUCCCAUAGGUUUUAUACGCUUCAUGGAUUUACUCAUUUUGCUUCAUGAAAUAAUUUACAAACCAGGGCAUGUACCUAAAAUAGCUUAUAUAUGUAGUUUCUGGAUGUAGUAUUUGAAUGAAAAUUUCUAAACAAUGGGUGUUGUGUGGUGUAUUGUAGACGAAGAGACCUGUACCAAAGAGCUCCUCUGACUCGUAUGAAUUGUAUUUGGUCCUCUCUGCACACAUUAAAAGUCUUGGUAGAAUAAUAAACGACUUCCACGACGAUCUUGA